CGGCUGGCGCCCUACAUCAUCGACCUGCAGUCCAUGAACCAGUUCCGCCAGGACACGGGGACCCUCCGGCCAGUGCGCCGCAACUACUACGACCCGGCCUCCGCGCCCGGGAAGGGCGUGGUGUGGGAGUGGGAGAACGACAGCGGGUCCUGGACGCCCUACGACAUGGAGGUGGGCAUCACCAUCCAGCACGCCUACGAGAAGCAGCACCCCUGGAUCGACCUCACCUCCAUCGGCUUCAGCUACGUCAUUGACUUCAGCACCAUGGGCCAGAUCAACCGGCAGACGCAGCGCCAGCGCCGCGUGCGCCGGCGCCUGGACCUGGUCUACCCGCUGGUCACGGGCGCCGUGCCCAAGGCGCAGUCCUGGCGACAGGCCUCGGGCACGCGGGCAGGGGCCACCGCGGCCUCUCCCGCCAGCCCCCCAGGAGCCAACGGCAAGACGGGGAGGGUGGCCCUGGCGACCUUGAACCGGACCAGCUUGCAGCGCCUGGCCAUGGCGCAGUCCCGGGUGCUGAUCGCCUCCGGGGUCCCCACCGUCCCAGUGAAGAACCUAAACGGGUCCAGCCCUGUCAACCCUGCCUUGGCAGGCAUCACCGGGAUCCUCAUGAGUGCGGCGGGGCUGCCUGUGUGUCUCACGAGGCCACCGAAGCUGGUCCUCCACCCACCCCCUGUCAGCAAGAGCGAAAUAAAAUCCAUCCCAGGGGUUUCCAACACAAGCCGCAAGACCACCAAAAAGCAAGCCAAGAAAGGUAAAACCCCAGAAGAGGUGCUGAAGAAAUAUCUGCAGAAAGUCCGGCACCCGCCGGAUGAGGACUGCACCAUCUGCAUGGAGCGCCUCUCAGCCCCCUCGGGCUACAAGGGCCCACAACCAACGGUCAAGCCUGACCUGGUGGGAAAGCUGUCCAGAUGCGGCCACAUCUACCACAUCUACUGCCUGGUUGCCAUGUACAACAAUGGCAACAAGGACGGCAGUUUGCAGUGUCCGACCUGUAAGACCAUUUACGGGGUGAAAACAGGCACCCAGCCUCCGGGGAAGAUGGAGUACCACCUCAUCCCACACUCAUUGCCUGGCCACCCAGACUGCAAAACCAUCCGGAUCAUCUACAGCAUCCCCCCUGGCAUUCAGGGGCCAGAGCACCCGAAUCCGGGGAAGAGUUUCAGCGCCCGUGGCUUCCCAAGACACUGUUACCUUCCAGACAGCGAGAAGGGGAGAAAAGUUCUGAAGCUGCUGCUGGUGGCCUGGGAUCGCCGCCUCAUUUUUGCCAUCGGGACCUCCAGCACGACGGGCGAGUCGGACACCGUCAUCUGGAAUGAGGUCCACCACAAGACAGAGUUCGGCUCGAACCUCACUGGCCACGGCUACCCAGACGCCAAUUACCUGGAUAACGUGCUGGCUGAACUGGCCGCCCAGGGCAUUUCUGAGGACAGCGCUGCCCAGGAGAAGGACUGAGCUGGAAGGGCUUUGGGGAAGAGAGGUUGUGGGGACCACAGGGCAGGAAGUGGGGAGAGUCAAGAUCAAAGCUGGCGCUAUGCCCUCCCGACUCCCUCCUCUCCCCUCCUGUGCUGUCUCCAUCCCCCACCCUCCCAGCCCCAGGGGGCGCCAGAAUGAGUAAGGGGCCGACACUCAUAAGCCUCAUCCACUGCAAAGGGAACAUGGGAUGGGGUGGGGGCCCUCCCCGUCUGUUCCCAGGGAGUUUUCGGUGCUGGGUAGGCAAGAACACCAGCCGUCUUCCCUGAGUGGGGGCAUGGUCAGCACUCUCAGGGUGUGGGCAGUGCCUGGGCACUCAUCUCCUGGCCUCGCGAAGCCAGACGGUCAUUGCCUUAGCUGGCUUCUUGCUGCUUCCACUUUCAGAAGUGGAGUUUCCGCUUUUCUCUCUCCCGCUGGAGGCGAGGAGCUCUCACUGUGCAAGUUGGGGGGUAAAGGGGUGAACCGCGAAACUGCUGUGACAUCAGAUACCGAUGCCUCGGUGCAGAGGGAGGAAGCACUUCUGGCCAGGAGGGUCAGGGAGGCGAAGGCCUCUGGAGCACACUCAGCUCUCAUAUGAGUCCUUGGCUUCUCUGGGCCCCCCUGCCUCCUCACAACACUGACGUGUCCAAAGAGGCAUCUGCUUCUCUCAUGGGGAUGGGUGGGCUCCCGGAUUCCUCUCUGGGUGGCAUCCCAAGAUGUUUCCAGCCACUGGCUGAUCAGACCAGAGCCUGCAUCCCACUCAGCAUCUGAACUGUCCUCAGAGACAGGAGCCCAUAGCCUUCUUCCCAGCUCAUCCCAGACCAGCUCAAAGAUUCCAUGAGUUUCAUCAAGUCACUGUGAGUAGAGCCUAUGCUGGGCUCUGUGCCAUCUGUGUAUGUGCACGUGUGCGUGCAUGUGUGUGCGUGUGCGCGCGUGUGCACCACUGGGUCAGGUUGGUGGAGAGUCGCAUCAUGUUCUCACACUCUGCUUUGCAAGAUGUCAAACCCCAGUUCUGAUGAGGAUCAGACAGCCAGGUUGUGACCCCUUGACUUCUUUCACCCUUUGCCAACCCAUCCCAUAGUAAACUUGGACCCUGAUGUGGUCAGAACUGCGUUUGGGAGAAGGACUGGUCUGACCCCUUUUUCUAUCUCUCAAGAUUGGAUCUGAGCCAGUCUCCAUCCAGCCUUGUUUCUCUGAGAGUUUCGAUCUGUGUCCAUGCAAAUGUGUUAAUUAGAGCCCAGGGGUGGUGCUGGGCCCCUCAACUCCCUUGUCUAUUACAGAUUGACCUAGAACAUGGAAGGAGCCUCUUUAGCUCAUUCGUAACAGGGUUAGUACCACCUUAGGUCUAGUCCAACCUGCAUUUGGGUUGUGUCCCAAGACCCUGCCUAUCUCCUCCCCAAAGUUCCUCUUGCCUUCAGCUCCCAUGAGGGAAUGAAUUGGGAGUCAGGGAGGAGAGGCGGGGAUCAAAAAAGGGAAACCCAGUUCCCCCUUUGAAAGUGGGUUCUUUGAACUAUUUGUUUGAGGGAAGUUCCUCUGGAUACUAAUUCGAAUUUAUAUACCUCAUGUUUUGGGGAUUUGACGUAUAUAUAUGCAUAUAUAUUUCAUAAUACUUGGAAGGUUUUUGAUGCUAGAAAAAUUGAAACAAAAGAACCUUCGAAAAUGGUACUUAAAUUAGAACCAGAAACCAAGCUUUCCUGAGAGCAGCCUCGGAGCUGCUUGCUGUUAGGCCUGCAGCCAUUCUGAUGUCUGUGUGACCAGGGAAUUUACCUGAGCAUCACCCAGGUCCUGGGGACAUGCUGGUGCUGAGCCUUUCCUCAUUUUCCAAGUGGCUAUUGGGACAUUCAUCAGCUCCAGCAGGGAGAGCUCCGAUGGGAAGAACUGAGUCUGCCAUAUUGGUUCCAAUCUCUCCUAUCAGUCGGCAGUCAUUUGUCUCACCAGCAAACUGGGUCAGUCUUAAGUUCACUGCACUACAGAGUCAUUUCCUGCCCCAGUCGGGAAGGAAGCAUUGAACUCAAUGGAAGAGACAUCCCUGCGGUGUUGACUGUCAUGCCCCACGCGCUCGCCAGGCUACCAUGUAGCAGAUCAUUAGAGAGCCUUACUGUAGGCCCUGCCAUCUCCGCCUUCACCCCCCGUGAUGAGGAACCGGACCGAGGGUCAGUGGGUAGAAGCACAAUUGUUCAGCAGGAGGUGAGAAAGAAAGAAGACGUGCUCUGACAACUGGCAAUGGGCAGCGGGGAGAAACUGGCUUCCUGCAUCAGGCAAGGAGGGUGUGGGUGGGAAAAGGGACCUAGAGAGCGUGCAAGGCAGGCUGGAAGCCAGGGGCAAUACCACUUCAAGAGUCAGCCUUCAUACCCUCGAGCCUUUCCCCAGGAGGCUGAUUGUCUGUGCCCCGUUUCUCUUCCUCUCUGAGGAUGCUCAGUAGGGGCCACCUCACCCUCAUCUUUUUGUGGGGCCUUCUGAGUAGAGGGAAUCUUGAAUUUCCUUUCUAACACUGUGCCAGGCAAGGCGGGAGGCAUUCCUUUGCCCUUUCUCUUGAGCCAGCUUGGAGAGGUGCAGUCUUGGGUUCAGUGGAGACCCUGCGAGCAGAGGCCCUGGGCAUCCACCGCUUUAACACAGGGGUGUCCCCACCGGAAGCCCUGCUGAGCUCCCUGGCCCAGGCAGGGACUUCCAUGCCUUUCCUUCCAUCGUCUUAGCACCAGCAGCCCAGUUCCUCCCUCCCUGAGUCUCCAGGGAUGACGGCCCGGUCAGAUGCUCAUCCCUUAAGGAUCAGUUGUGUAGGUGUGGUUGUGUGUGCGCCUCGUUUUCAUUCCUUUCCUUGGUGCUUUCAGACUCGGUCAGAAGUACUGGUCCUGGUGUUGCGCUGUUGUGUGCAUGAGAAGACUGGGGGGAGGCCCCCGUGGGGUACAAGAAAGGGCCCUGUCCCCUUUCCUUGUCUGUGGUCGCUGGCACUGAGUCGGGUGGGCUUCUGGGAGAGGGCAGGUGAAUGUCCUCCCGUAAAUCUUUGUUGUUGGUGUGUUUUGAAGUCCUUGGUGUUGCUCUGGGAGGGGACAUCGCCACCUGGUGCUCCUGAGCUGUAUGUGCAGAACAAUAAAUGGCAAACGAACCACCACAAACCCUUGUCAACCUUCUCCUUUCUGGAGGUCAGGCGCCAUCCGAGAGGCGUUUUGGGUAACCCCUGGAGCCUGUAAGCAACCACAAGCCCUUCCACUGGGUGGGGCGGGGGGGUCCCUUUUCUUUUUUCCCCCCACAUGUUUUCCACCCACACAUUUGACCAAAGGACCUGGCUGGACUCCUUGUUCCUCUAAAGGAAACAGGCCAUAUGACAGGGGAAAUAAGUAAAUAAACCUGUGGGGGAAAGAAAGACCUUCUUAGAAACUGUGCGUGUUCGCUUCUUACAGUUCCUCUCACCCGACCACACCACAGUGUCAGUCUCAAUAGUUCACAAGCUGUUAUUUUUUCAAACAAAUGUUUAGUGUUAAUCAUCCCGAUAUUAACAAGAACACAAAUAAAAUGUGAUUGCAAAGCCA